AUGGCGCACUCGCCGGCCGCCGCGCCGGGCGCGCAGGAGCCAGGCUGCCCCAUCCGCGUAGAGCACGACCGCCGGCGCCGCCAGUUCACCGUCCGCCUCAACGGGUGCCAUGAUCGGGCCGUCCUGCUCUACGAGCACGUGGGCAAGCGGACUGUGGACCUGCAGCACACCGAGGUCCCCGAUGCCUACCGUGGGCGUGGCAUCGCCAAGCACCUCGCCAAGGCCGCCCUGGACUUCGUGGUGGAGGAGGACCUGAAGGCGCACCUCACGUGCUGGUACAUCCAGAAGUACGUCAAGGAGAACCCGCUGCCGCAGUACCUGGAGCGCCUGCAGCCGUGA